GCCGUGGCCUUCUCCGUUAAAAACUCAAUAACAGUAACGAACAAUUAGCCAUAUCUUGACCCGAAACAAUAAUUAUGGCUAAUAAUUUGAAUUCUCAUAAUUAUAGUUAUAAUUCUCUGUUUCAUAAUAAUUGUGGCUAAUAUAUUGUAUUUACCAAAAAUAAAUUAUGUCCACCGAAAGCUAGGGUUUCAACUUUUUUUUGGUAGAAAGGGUUUCGACUUUCAUUGUACCUUCUGCGCCCCACUCCCCGCCGACUCCCGAACCUCGACCAUCUCCUUUCGGCCACUGCCCUUCCCCGCUCCGUCGGCGAGCUGAGAAGCAAGCGGUCCGACCUCCGGUCACGACCUCCGUUGCUCCUUCUCUUCUCCCGUCUCUCUCUCUUACGGAUUUCAAAGUAAGUCCACUUGUUCAUGCUGGGUACUGUACUAAGCUCGGCUAAUUCGAUUGAAUUUCUGUUGAUUACUAAGUGAUCUCAAAUAUAGACAUGAUAGUAUGCUUGAAUUGAACAAAGGAGUUUUGAUCUUUUGCUGCAAUUCAGUUAACGACUCUGACUUCCCAUAUACUGUAUUAGGUUUGAUUGCUCUCUGGGUGGUAUUCUAAUUGAGUUCAUAAAUUGAGAGUUGUAGUUCGCUUUACCUUGUCAAUUUAUUCUCUCCCACUACGUGGAAUCGUUUGAUUUCCUCUUGAGUACUUUCUGAUCGUUUCACACUCUUGUUUCCAGAGCUCCCAGUUCGUCUUUGAGUUUAUCUUUUUCGGGCAAAGCAAUGGCGCCACUGGUAUUGCAUGCAGGGAAGACUAACAAGAAUGCCUUCAAGACACUGAUUGUGGCCGAGUAUUCUGGGGUGAAAGUUGAUUUGGUUGAGAAUUUCGAGAUGGGAGUGUCCAAUAAGACCCCCGAGUUCCUAAAGUUGAACCCCAUCGGCAAGGUUCCGGUCUUGGAGACGCCUGAGGGUCCUAUCUUCGAGAGCAAUGCUAUUGCUCGAUAUGUUACCAAGUUGAAGGCUGACAACUCUCUUUAUGGCAGUUCACUCAUUGAUUAUGCCCAUAUUGAGCAGUGGAUCGACUUCGCGACACUGGAGAUUGAUGCCAAUAUUGGUGGUUGGCUGAGACCACGAUAUGGUCGUGCUGCAUACCUUCCCCCUGCUGAGGAAGCUACCAUUUCCGCACUGAAGAGGGGUCUUGAUGCAUUGAACAAAUACCUUGCUUCAAACACUUACCUUGUUAGGGAUUCUGUUACCUUGGCAGACAUCAUCCUCACCUGCAAUCUUUACAUGGGAUUCUCUAGGAUCAUGACAAAGAGCUUUACCUCUGAGUUCCCCCAUGUUGAGAGAUACUUCUGGACCUUGGUUAAUCAACCAAAUUUCAAGAAGGUAUUGGGUGAAGUGAAACAAACUGAGUCGGUUCCUCCUGUCGAGUCCGGUAAAAAGCCUGUGCAGACGAAGGAAAAGGCGAAACCCAAAGAGGAGCCUAAGAAGGAAGUGAAAAAGGAGAAAGAGCCUCCCAAGACAGAAGCUGCUGCAGUAGGAGAGGAAGAGGCAGCCCCAAAGCCGAAAGCAAAGAACCCUCUCGAUCUGCUGCCACCAAGCCCGAUGGUUCUGGAUGACUGGAAGAGGCUGUACUCCAACACAAAGUCCAACUUCCGCGAGGUGGCAAUCAAAGGCUUCUGGGACAUGUAUGAUCCCCAGGGAUACUCAUUGUGGUUCUGUGACUACAAGUACAACGACGAGAACACAGUCUCCUUCGUUACUCUGAACAAGGUUGGCGGGUUCCUCCAGAGGAUGGAUCUGGCUCGCAAGUAUGCGUUUGGGAAGAUGCUCAUAAUUGGGUCCACACCACCAUUCAAGGUGAAGGGGCUGUGGCUUUUCCGCGGACAAGAGAUCCCUCAGUUUAUAAUCGACGAGUGCUACGACAUGGAGCUGUAUGAAUGGAAGAAGGUCGACAUAUCCGAUGAAGCACAGAAGGAGCGCGCCAGCCAGAUGAUUGAAGAUGCGGAACCGUUCGAGGGAGAGGCCCUCCUCGAUGCCAAAUGUUUCAAAUAGAGAGUUAACUUGCCGUUCGUCGAGAUGUUUGGAGAGCUCCCUUUGUAUCGUAUCUGAGUAAAAAAAAAAAAAAAAAAAAAAUUCUCCAUGCUAUGGUGUUUAGUGGGAUUUUACAUUGGUGAGGAUUUAUUUGUGAUUUCAGAUACCAUAAACAGAAGGUAAAAGAAAAUUCUCCAUGCUAUGGUGUUUAGUGGACCAAAAAAUUGUACAUUUUUCAUUUAGUAUAAGCCCAAACCAUCUUGGAAAUCACACAGGUAUAAUUUGAUAUGAAUCACAUAAUAGUUUAGCUUGGCCCUGCGGUAGCUUUUGGCCCUGCGGUAGCUUUUGCAAAACUAGCUUCUGACUGGUGCUUUUAAAUAAGUACUUUCGAAAAAAGUAGUUGAGUGUUUGAUUAUAAAACUAUUAGAAGUGU